GUAUAUUUUGAAUAAUAAAGGAAAUUGUGGCAACGACUCGCGUCCUGUAGUAAUUUUGAACAGGACGUGGCGAUAUACGUAAUUUCCGAAGACAGCAAAUGUCCACCGCUGCAUUUAUACAGUUCGGAGGAGCCCAAAACCAAAAUAUUAUAAACUGUACUCAAUUUUAAACAGCUCUGUAACGAAUAUCAGUUCUUAAAAAUUAUUUAUCCCAAUCAAAUAGCUCCUCAUAUAGAAUAGAACCAAUAAUUAACCUGGACCAUAUGAUUAUUUGAUUGGUUGAAUAUUUAUUUGGCUGUAUUAAUUCUGACCUUAAAUCUCCAGGCUGAAUGUAAGUAAUUAUACAAACAAACAAUAGGAAUUGCUCAGUCCAAAAUUCAUAUACCAUAAUAUCCAAUACACAAACUAUAGUUGCAUGACAUAUUACAAGAAUAUAGGCAGUCAAACAACGCCCAGAUUCUUUCAAUAUUUCAUCACUUAGAUUAAAGUAAUUGCAUUUUUCAAAUGUAUACAAUGUCACCCUAUUACUCUAAUAUUAUUCAUUCAUUGUUUUACAACAAGAGCACUAUUGAGGAAAUUAUUUCAAAUGAUGAUUGAAAUUUGAAAACAGAUCUGAGUGUAAAGUUAGUCAAUUGAUUGAACAUUGCAAUAGUGAAAUCAGAUACACAAUUUAUGAAUUCAAUUCUUUGCAAACAUCAUUGGUGAAAAUGUAUACCUUGUUCUUGUAACAUAAUGAAAGAGCAGUCAGUAAAUGAGAAACAAUCCUACACUUAUAGUACUACUGAUUACUCACACGUUGAAUAAUCAAUUCCCAUGACCAACCUCUAACUACCACCUCUACAAUAAUCAUUAUGAUGAGCGAAAUUUAUGACAUUGUUGUACGAAAUGAAAAACAUUCAUUGAAAGUCAAAUUGUUGUUUUGUGCAUCAGUUACUCUAUUGAUUGUAUGGUUGAUUAACAUUAUACCAAAUCUGCUUCAAUGGAAUAAUAAACAGGAGAGAUAUGACAUAUCACCUCAAACAUUUGAAUCGUUAUUUCCAAAUAUAUCUAUAUCAAACCAUUCAGAAUUGGAUCUUGCUCGAACAUUACAUGUCAUAUAUUCUCCUAUCAGUCAAACAUCCGUUCAAAAAUACUCAUUGAGAUUUAGUCUGGAAGAAAAUAGACUGCAGGAAUUAUACAAUUCAUUAAGUGGGUAUAAGAAAGUGAAGAAAUUUCUCAACUACGGGCAUCGUACAAUUUUCACACCAAUGAACUUUUCACAAUGUCAUGCUUCGAAAUGUACAGUGAUUACUGACAUGAACAGAUGGCGAGAAGCUGAUGCUCUCAUACUCACAGAAGAUAAAGUGCCAAAUGGAAUUCGGCCACCAGGGCAGUUGUGGUUUAGUUUAAUACAAGAAUCUCCAGUACAUAUUGCAAUGGCAGGCUCUUUAGAAAAUGAAGUGAAUUUCACCAUAUCGUUUCGCCUGGAUUCAACAAUUUAUUCACCGUAUGGUUCCUAUGAACCACAUAUAAAACAACAUGGACCAGAAACACGAUAUCCUCUGCCUUCCAAAAACUUCGCCAAAAAUAAAACAAAGAAAGUUGCAUGGUUUGUGAGUAACUGUGUGCCUAAAAGUCCUAGAAUGCAAUAUGCCGUAGAACUUUCACGAUACAUCUCGGUUGAUAUUUAUGGUUCGUGUGGUACGUUGUCAUGUCCAAAGAAUGAUGCAACAUUCGCCUCAACAGAUAACUGUUUGAAGCUGAUUCGUGAAAACUACAAGUUUUAUUUGAGCUUUGAAAAUAGUUUAUGCACUGAAUAUAUAACAGAGAAGCUGUAUAGAAAUGCGCUAAAAAACGAAUUACUCCCAAUUGUGAUGGGUGCCUCCAUCGAAGAAUAUCAAAGAGUUGCUCCUCCAUACUCUUUCAUUCAUGUCGACCAAUUCGAAUCACCAGCUAAACUUGCAGACUAUCUGAAAUAUUUGGACAAAAACGAUACUGCAUACAAUGAGUACUUUGCAUGGCAUGGCCAUGGAGUAAUUCAUGAUUACGAUGCACAACCUCAAUGUGCAAUGUGUCUACUAGCUCACACGUCUCCUGUAUUUGGUCCAUAUUGGGUUCCGAAGGUGGCACGAUGGUGGAAUGAUGGAUGUAAUGGUCGGAGAUUGCGUUGGAAUCCAUAAAUUGUGAUUAUUGACAACGAAACUUCUGUAAAUAACAUUUUUAUAUUGUAUUCAAUUUUAGGUCUGAAUCGAAAUGGAUUCAGAUUAUUUCAUGUUAUACAGAUAUCUGUUAUUGUUAGAUUUUUCGUGAAAACAAUCAUCUUGUCA